CAUUGCUUGCAACAGGAUCCGCGAUGGUUCCAUCAACUUGAACCGCUCGCCAUUGUUGCAUCGGCAGCUUGACCAAAUAGCAAGGGGUAACGGGUGCAACCGAGGCAAACCAACCAAUCCUCUCAACGGGUUUCCAGCAUCAAAGCAAGGCAACCCUCGCCCGAUCGUCCUCCUUGCUCUCAUCGCCCAACCCAACCCACCCUCGACACUGCAUUGUGCGAUCCGCUUUAGGGGUGCCAGGUCCCACACCUCCAGUGCGUCCGGAAGCUAUCAUUAGCGCGAGAGCUGUCUGUCAAUCAGUUCUCUCUGCCGAUUCUUAUACUGGUUUCGAUCCGAUCCACUUCAGUCGCUCAAUUUCCUGUUACUCAUCGCUUCACACCCCGAAAACCAUAGACAGCAGGCGACCCAGGCACAAGUUCAGACUCCGUCACUGCCCAAGUGCCUCGUAGCACCACACUGACUGGUCGCACCAGAACGGACGUCGUCACUCGGUACAGUCACCAUGGGAUUGGGCACCGUCACGCUACUGGAGAUCAACCAGGUGCCAAAUGGCAAACGGAUCGCUUACUGCCUCCCGUCGGGCGAGUUCAUCUUUGUGGCAGAUACGUGCGCUCCCCAAUUCGGCACUGACAACGCUGCCGACCUCUACGGCGGAAACCUAUUCCAGUUUUUGAUACUUCGAGAUGCAGAAAGACUCGAAGAUUUUCAACGGGCGCAGCAGCAGCACGGCAUUAACAGCAGUGGACUGGCAUUCAAUCCAUCGCAGCAAAUGCGCAUGGUUGUGAGGCUGUCGAAAACACCGAACACGCAGCUGUGGAUCCAGCUCUCGACGAUCCCGCUUACGCUACGAAUGAUGCGCUGUAUCGACACCAUCCGAAGUCUAAGUAGUCCACUAAGUCAAUUCGCCGACUCGUCCAGUUUUGUGCUCUCGGACGACGAGUUCAGCUCCGUGUUGAAGAAUCCACCGUCGUCGCAGCCAUCAGACUUCGCCUCGGUCGCGCCGUGGCCGACAGAAGAGGGCAACGACUUGGCGUUCUUGGAGUUUGAAACUAGCUGUGUGUCCCCGACGAGCUUCACUUCUAUUGUGCCGCUGGAACUGAAGCACCACCACUCUAGUUUUGUGGUGACUCAUAGCUGCCUGGAGGACGCUGGAACUGAAGAAGCCGAUGACGAACUUAGGGAGUCACUGUCCAAUUUAGCGUUUGAAGCCGAUUGGAUUAGCGAGACGCUCCAGAAUGAUGCUGUACACGGUCUGUUUCCAGCAGAGCCGAUUGGCUCCACUUCGUCAGAAACGGCUCCCAUCACACCGAAUAAGCCAGGCUUCCGGGCCGCACUUGUCACGUGAGUUUCAUCUGAAUUUUACAGUGGAAACAGUCAUCCACAUGAAACCAUUCAUUAUUUCGUAAUCUAAUACAAACAAACAUUUAACCAGCAC